AAGAAAAAUAAUAAAGGAUUGAAUUCCAAUUUUGUCCUUUUAGAGAGAGAAAAAGGGGAAGGCGUUUUUUCUUCUCUCGUUCUUCCAUAUUCUACAGAGAGAUAUCGAAAUUCCAUUUUCUUGAGAGAGAGAGAUAGGGGGACGAAAUUUAAUCAUCGAUCAAGUGCUUCAAUCGCGAAAAUCGAUGAGAAAAACUAUGGAAUGGAAUGUGAAUCAAGUGAUUUGGUUAUGCUGAUGACGCGAUCUUCGAUUCUGUGAUUGAGAUUUGGAAGCUCAGAUUUCUAUUUUCCCGAAGCUCGGAUUUUUAUUUUUGUUACCCCUCUGUUGGAUAAUCUACGCAAAGAAAAAUGAACGGUGGUGAAGAUGCCGCUUCCUCCGCCGCUACUAGUGGCCCUCCUCCGUCUUUAGAGUGGAGAUUCUCUCAGGUCUUCGGGGAGCGAACAGCCGGAGAAGAAGUCCAGGAAGUUGACAUCAUUUCAGCCAUUGAAUUUGAUAAAAGUGGAGACCAUCUUGCAACUGGCGACCGUGGAGGCCGAGUUGUUCUUUUUGAGAGGACGGACUCUAAAGAUCAUGGUGGGUCCAGGAGGGAUCAUGAGCAGAUGGAUUACGCAGUUAGGCAUCCUGAGUUUCGAUAUAAAACAGAAUUUCAGAGUCAUGAACCAGAGUUUGACUAUCUUAAGAGUUUGGAGAUAGAGGAGAAAAUCAACAAAAUUAGAUGGUGUCAACCAGCAAAUGGUGCAUUGUUUCUCCUAUCCACAAACGAUAAAACCAUCAAAUAUUGGAAGGUACAAGAGAAGAAGAUCAAGAAAAUUUGUGAAAUGAAUAUUGAUCCUUCAAAUCAACCAAGUCCAAGUACCCCUCCUCCAUUAGUUCCUAAUGGAGUACUUGCUAAGAAAGAACAUGGCUACCUGAGCGAUGACUUCUCUUUCCCGCCAGGAGGCAUUCCAUCUCUGCGUUUGCCUGUGGUAGUGACUAGCCAGGAGACCAGCCUCGUGGCGAGAUGCCGAAGAGUAUAUGCUCAUGCUCAUGAUUACCAUAUUAAUUCAAUCUCAAAUAGCAGCGAUGGGGAAACCUUCAUUUCUGCUGAUGAUCUACGAGUAAAUCUCUGGAAUUUGGAAAUCAGCAACCAGAGUUUCAACAUUGUUGAUGUUAAGCCCACAAACAUGGAGGACUUAACUGAGGUUAUUACUUCAGCUGAGUUUCAUCCAAUUCAUUGUAAUAUGCUCGCAUAUAGCAGUUCAAAAGGAUCCAUUCGUUUGAUUGAUAUGCGGCAGUCAGCUCUGUGUGAUUCUCAUACUAAAUUAUUUGAAGAACCAGAAGCUCCUGGUUCAAGAUCAUUUUUCACAGAGAUAAUUGCCUCAAUUUCAGAUAUUAAAUUCUCAAAUAAUGGGAGAUACAUACUUAGUCGCGACUACAUGACGCUCAAGCUGUGGGACAUAAACAUGGAUUCUGGUCCAGUUGCAUCUUACCAGGUGCAUGAACAUCUGAGACCCAAGCUAUGCGAUCUAUAUGAAAAUGACUCCAUCUUUGAUAAAUUUGAGUGUUGUCUGAGUGGAGAUGGAUUGAGGGUAGCAACAGGCUCUUACAGCAAUCUAUUCCGCGUAUUUGGAACUUCUCAAGGAAGUACUGAAGCUGCAACUUUGGAAGCUAGCAAAAACCCAAUGAGGAGGCAAAUCCAAACACCUGCAAGACCUUCAAGAUCUAUGAGCAGUAUGACACGUGCAGUUAGACGAGGAUCAGAGAGUCCCGGAGCAGAGGCAAAUGGUAACGCAUACGAUUUCACAACGAAGUUGCUGCAUAUGGCUUGGCACCCAGCAGAGAACUCAAUUGCUUGUGCAGCAGCAAACAGCUUGUACAUGUAUUAUGCAUGAACUGGAGAGAGAGAAGAAGAAAAAAACAUGGAACCAGCUUGCUCCAAUUUAACUUUCCCUUUUCUCCUUUUUCAGGCUCUCUCUCUCUCUCUCUUUCUUUCUCUCUCUCUCUUUUAACUACCAAAGUGAUGAUGUAACCAGAAAAAGUGUAGUAGUAACAGAGUUAUGCUGUGACCAAGACCCGAAGCCUGACCAGUCACGGCGACGCAGGAAGCAACAGUAUGUCUCUCAGGAGUUAGAUGGGGUUAAUAUAUUGGGUUGGGAAAGAAAAAAAAAGAAGGGUAAUUGUCUGAAAUAUCCGAUCCACCCCUCCUAAAUAGGUUUUUUUUUUUUGGGUUGCAAAGGAUAAUUUUCAUUUUCUUUUUAGUUUCGAUUCUAUUACUCUUUUAAGAAACGGAAACAGCUUAUGGUGUGUGUGAUUUUUUUAGUAUGAGACGAUGGGGAGGGUUGUGCUUCAAAUUUGUUUAUUGAUUCUUUUGUCAUAUCUUCUUCUUUCCUCUUCUUGAACACAUUAUGAUGCUCUCUAUAUGUGUCUUUUUUCUUUUGUAUUUUCAGACAUCCUUUUGUGAUUUUUACCGCUACCACAAUAAAACAACAAAUGUAGUUAUAUCCUCGUAUA